AAGGGUGUCAUUUCCCGCAAAAAGGAGGUGCUUGUUGCUGCUCUUUCUAGCAGAAAUGACUUUGUCCCUUGGUUUGUGAAAGCAAGAAAGUGCCUGACACUUGCAGGAGUUUCCGGUGCUUCUAUGAGCCUGGGUCGUCUUCUCCCUUCCAGAGCCAUAUGGAUAAACCUGAGCUUUCUUCCUACAGCAAAGCUGGGAUGUAUGAAGCAUCAUGUAUGGGCCCUGGCCCUAGAGAGAGGACUUCGGAAGGAGAUGGCAGAAGACCAGCUGGCAGCCAGUGCCAACAAGUGGUCUGUGGAGGCAAGAGCCAGCUUUCAGACCUGAAUUCCCCGUACACUGACCAGGCAGAAAGGCCGAAGGAGGUGGAAAAAGAAGCGGGCAAAGCUGGGAUGUAUGAAGCAUCAUGUAUGGGCCCUGGCCCUAGAGAGAGGACUUCGGAAGGAGAUGGCAGAAGACCAGCUGGCAGCCAGUGCCAACAAGUGGUCUGUGGAGGCAAGAGCCAGCUUUCAGACCUGAAUUCCCCGUACACUGACCAGGCAGAAAGGCCGAAGGAGGUGGAAAAAGAAGCGGGAGAAUUUGCUGGAGUGGUCACCCAAAAAGUGUUUCAGCAGAAAGGUGAAGACUGUGAAGAGUGCAAGAAGAUGAAGGAGAAGAUCAGAGGCCUAGAGGCAAGAAUCCAUGCACUCUUGUCUAAAGCCAUGAGCAUGCACAAGCACUCUGAGAACAUGAACGACUGUUGGCGUUUGUCUGCAGUGCUGCAGAGGUAUGACAUGCUCAGGCUUCAUGAAUGGGAAAAAUUCAGGAGCUCUGAAGUCCCCAUUUUGACAUAUAGCAAUGGAAGGAAGAUAAUUCAGGAGCUGUUUGAUGCCUGUGAGAUGGAUUUACAGUGCAGAAUGAAUAACAUAUUUGGAGUCCUUGAGAUUCCAGCUUCGAAUGACACUACGAUCGACAGCAAACACGGGAUGACACAACAGAUGAGGGACAUCUUAAAAUAUGCCUAUUCCCAAAACCACCUGAAGUUUUACAGCAGCGUGCUCACUGGCGGUGAUCAGAGAAAUCACACUCAAAGACGCUUUAUAAUGGAGUGCUGCCAAGUUUAUUGUUUGCUGCGUCUUCAGGACUCACCCAUUAAAGUUGAGUGGUGCCUAGAGGAACGUUCAGAAAAAUAUUUAGAACACGUGGACAAGAAAAGCUUGGAGCACUGGAGAAAAAGAGUAGGACUUCUGUGGCCCAUUCUGAAAAGUGGGGAACAAGUCAUUAGGAAAGGUGUAAUCUAUGAUAAAAAGUAACAUGACUUUGGAGUCAUGUUGACCACUGGGAGAAGAAUCGGCUGCUGUGUGCAAUAUGCUGCUUUCCUUUCUCCCAUGAACUGCCUGCUUUCCAGACCGAGUAAGUUAGACACCCCUGGCUUGGGAGACCUUGGACACAUUGUUAUUUACAAACAAGGUAUUAAAAAUUGAAGAUGUUUGCCUUGGCAGAAUGCACACAUAUAAUGUAACUUUUGUUCCUUGCUGUCUCUAAGUAGCAUUUGUAUGGAGAGAGAGUUUGUGCUUCUAGCCUACAUUAUGUGUUCUUCACAGAUGCUUAUGACAUUGUGGACUAAUUUUAGACAGACAACAUUGGAGAUCUCACCCAUCCUGUGAAGCACCUGCCUCCUCACCAACACCAUGUGGGCGCCUACUCUGAGGAGCUCUGAAUUGCACCUUACCCUAACGGCAGUGGCAUCACUAAUCUCCACUGUGUCUACAGCAGGGGCACAAAGCAGUGAGCACAAAGAUGACCUGUUCACAGAAGUCCUGCUCACUUCUGUUAAGAAGCAAGAAUCCUGCUUGGAUAAAAAUGCUGUUGAGAAAGAGGACAAGGAACUAAAAGACAAGGAAACCUGUGCUCGCAAAGGCUACAGGCUCUCAUAAGAUUUUGUGUAUGCAGACACUGAGGCCCACUCUUACAUGUCCAAAGGCCACUCACUGGUGCCCACACGAAUACGACCUGCCUGCUAGUACUCCCAUGUCUGUACAAUUUACUGCGCCAUAGUCCUACAGACUGAGAAAUUUGAGAUUCACCAAAUAAAAACAGCUGGAAAACCUG